UUAAGAAUAUAAAAUUCUUUAUUUAAAUAGAAAAUAUAAAGAAACAAAUUUAAAUGUUUUCGAAAUCAGGAGAUUAUUAAAAAAAAUGUGAUUCCUAUAUGGAUAGGUUAUAAUUGUGUAUCCUUUCUUUAACUUAAUUAAUGUAUCCAAAAUUAAAUAAUUCCCAAAAAGUAUUAUUAUAUUUCUUAUUGAAUUUUCAAAUUUUAUAUUUGAAUGCAUUAUUAUUCCUGGACACCACAAUCAUAAAAGAACAACCAGGAUCUUGCAAAAUUCGAGCCUGUCCCCAAUGUGAAUCGUUGGUGAUAGAUAGAGAUGCUAAUGAUUGUAUAAUUUGCUAUUGCUAUAAAUUCGCAUCUAAUAUUUUAGAAUGGGGAUUGGCGACCAAUAUAACCUCAACAAAAUUUCCUAUCAUUUUAUUUAUCCCAGAUCAAUAUUCCUAUGUAAAUUUAAAUGUAUCGAACGCAAGACUUCGAUUUAUUCAGAAAUCCCUAAUCAAUUCAACUAUAAAUUUUUCUAAUAAUAGAAUGACAAAUCCUGUUACUAAUGGCACUAAUCAAAUACAAAUAUUAAAGGUCACAGAUGCCAACCCUACCCUCAAUAUCAGCAUAAAUUUUUUAUCGAUGAAUGCAACUAUUUCUGGCAAAAAUAAUAAAAACGAUAAUAAGUUAGCAACAUAUGUCAAUGUUAUCCCUUCAAAUGAUUUAUUUAGUUUAUGGAUUGGAAUACGAAAUUCAUGCCUCGGAAACAUCCUUCCAUAUUUAAUCAGCAAUUCAAUCAUCUCGGGAAUCGAUUGGUUCAAUAAAAAUAUGUCAUGUUUUAUAAAGCCCGAUAAGAAAUCAUCUGCAAACAGUAUCCAAACCUUUUUAGCACAAGACGUGAAAAGUAUGAAUAUAACUAAUUGUGGAUUCCAUAGUAUGUUAAGUCAAUCAAUACCCAUACCAUCAUUAAAUUAUGACCGAAAUGGCAAGGAGGACGAGUACAAAUCAAAAAAUCAAGAUAGGGAUGUGUGCUAUUUGUCCAUGUCUAAUAACGUAUAUUAUUCUCCAGGAUCAGCUUUGAAUAUGCAUUUGAAUGGGAAGAUAACUGGGACGCCACAAUUAAUCGAAAAUAUAAUGUUUGCAAAAAUAGGUCAAAUGGUUAGUUUAGUAUGUAUACCUACAAAUGCUAGCUAUUUCGCUUACUGGGAAUCAAAGUCACUUGAAACAAAGAGUCCCCUAAUAUUCAAAAAGAUAACUUGCCAAGAUACAGGCUUACAUGUCUGCCAUAUCAAAAAUUCAUUGUUUAUAUUGGAUUAUAAUUCGCAUUCCAUUUUAAGCGUCAUAAUAUACAUUGAAAAUUGUGCUCUUUCACAAAAUUUUAGAAUCGCUAAAAUUAUUCAAGUGGGUAGUUAUAGCCUGAUUCCAUAUUCAAUGAUAAUAAUAGCAAGCUUGUGUUUAUUAGGGUUGAUUAUUAUCACAGGAGUAUUAAUUAACAAAUUAUUUAGACAUAACUCUCUUGGCAAAAAUAAUCCGCAGUUGCAUAAACUAUACAAGGAUAAUCCAUCAAAUCCAAUAAAUAAAGGCAAUAAUUCCAACGCUACUCUCAAAGAUUCAACAAUAAAUAUUAAAAACACAAAAAUUGACCCAAAUAAAUCUUCAAGAAUAAAUCUAUUGGAAACCGAUUUCAGUAAACAAGCUCAUGUGAUCAAUUCAGAUGAUAUUAUAAUAAAUAAAAGUAAUAAUAAUCAAAAUAUGAAUCAAAAAUCUUAUAUCGUUAAACUAAGGAAUAACUCGCGUAUACAGCCUUCUAAUAUUAAACUAAAUUCUGACUUAGGUAAAAUUGGUUUAUAUGAUUAUGGUAACCUAACACCAUUUGAUCAUAACUUAUCAAUUCUAUUUACACCUUUUUCGGAUAUCAAAGAUGUUAAAAAUUUUCAGUGUCAUCAAUUUUGGGAUUAUAAUGAUAUUCCUACUGAUUUCAAAUAUAUAGAUUUCUUUAAUUUGAAUUAUAUCUAUGAAAAAUAUGUGAAAUUUCCUACAAUCAACAAAACGCGCAAAGGGUCAGGAGAAAAUUUCUUAAAUACUAUAUAUGAUGAGAAAAGGAACUCUUUAAAUGUUCCUUAUGAACUUAUUAAUUUAACCAGUAUAUCUGAUAACAAAAGUUUUAAAUUUUCAAUCCAUUCUACUACCUACUCCAAUUACGAUACUUUGAGAGCUUUUAAAAAGAUUGACAAUUAUGAUUAUUAUAGGAUAACUUUUGUGGAGCCAUCAAUAUUUAAUGUUUUCGAGAAAAAUGCACCAAAUUUAGAUGUUUUGACAACACUUCCCAUGGUAGAAGAUCAGAAUCUUCAGAAUCUUGUUUAUCAAUGCCCUCAAGCUAUAGAUGAGAAACAUACAACAUAUAAAUCGCUUUCUGGAAAAUUUGGAAUUCUAAAUAACAUUAAAAAAAAUACAAAAUGGAACAAGAAUACAAUUUACAGUUUUUAUAAAAAACGAAUAAAUUACACAAUUUUAGUCAAUGCAAAAUUUUUAUCCGCAAAUUUUAUAAAAAAUUAUAUUCGCCUCAGCUAUGAUAAUUUAAUUUGUUUAAAAGUUUAUGCCAAGAUUCAAUUGAAUUAUAAAAAUAUUUUAUGCGAAUUAGAUGGGCAUUCAAUGAAAGAUUCAUUUAUAUAUUAUAAUCGUUUAAAAAAUAUUUUUUAUUCAGAUCAAUUAUUAGUUAAUAAUCACUUAAAAUGUAUGAAUAUCUAUUUUCCAAAUAAUCUCUGUGAAUUUGGAAUGGAUACUAUGUUAUCUUUGAAGAGAAUUAAUAAUGUUCACGAUUCCAUAAAGAGAAAUAGGCUAAAAAACAUGAAAAUUUUAUCGCCGUUUAAAUUUAAUUAUUUUUUUGGGAAAAGGUGGAAAAUUUUAGACUGUUCCUUCUUCAAAUUUGAUUUGAAAAAUAAAUUAUGCUUUAUGGAAACUUGUAAUAAAAAUGAAAUAUUACGAAUUAUGAAUAAUAUCACCGUACUAAAGUCUAUAAAAUUUCAUGAUAAUGAUGAGCCUAAUAAUGCUAUCACAACAAAAUAUUCAUGCAUAAAACCGAAAUAUAUUCAUAAACAAGAUAUUGGCAUCAAAUUAUACAAUACUGAGGUCAAAAAUUACAAACUUGAGCAGCACAUCGUUAUCACGAAACGCAUUACUCGUUAUAUAAAAAAGGAACGCGUUACCGUUACUCGUAACCUUGAAAGGAACGCGCGCUUCUAGCUAUUUAGAAA